GGGUUUGAUUGGCGAAUGAAGGGAGUCUGAAAUCAGGACAAACAGACGAAACUUUUGCACACGCCAAUGAUCUUUUUCAAUAACGGGUCUGGUGGAAAAUCGUGAAAAGUUGGAAUUUUCAGUGAGCAGAUCAUUGACCGUGGGAUGUAAUUUUCAUUAAUUAGAAGCACAGCAAAGCUGAGCGUGGAUCUUACGACACCAUGGCAGGCUAUUCGGCGGUGGAGUUUGUCCUGGUAGACGAGAGAGUUGUCGCCGGUAUUGCCUUUUUAUUGCUUGCAUUGGCACCCCGUUCCUCAGGCUCGGAUAGCAUCGACGAACUUUUAAAAAAGCACCCCACUUGGUCGCCCGCUGUGAUUUCCUCAGUCAUGUCAGAUCGAUAUUGUAUAUCCACAAAUGGCACCUCCAAGGAGAGGUUCUCUCAGGAGAUGCUUUUGGGGUGUGCUGGACUCUGUACCAGUGACCCUUUUAUAUUCACUACUUGGUCUUAUGCAAGAGAUUAUGGAGUCGCAACCGGUGGAAUACAUGGAUCAGGCAAGGGGUGCGUGCCAUUCACAUAUCCUGGUUGCGAUCACAAAUCUAAUUAUGAUGAUGUCGAAGACUUUGUUGGCCGUAGUGCGAAAAACAUCAGCGAGUGCAAGGGACAACUUAUAUUCGACCACGAUUGUCCCAACAAAUGCACAAACGAGAAACACAAAACACCAAUUGACAAAGAUCGGAAACGAUUGACAGCUUUUUAUAUGACGUCAACAAAUGAGUUCAGUAUACGGAAUGAGAUCCUGGCGUACGGUCCGGUUGUGACGAGUGUAGUGUUGUUCAGCGAUUUCUUGGAAAAACCAGUUGGAAUUUUCCACGCGACGUACCCACGGAAGCUCUUAGCUUUUGACAAGUUCUUCAAGAUCAUCGGCUGGGGUAAAGAAGGGAGAAGAUACCAAGAAGAGAAGUACUGGCUCUGCGUGAAUACGUGGGACACAUGGGGCGACAAAAUUUUCAAAAUUCCAAGGGGGCGCAAUUACGAUUUCGUAGAGUCCACGUUGACUGCCGGUGUUUUUGAUGAUAUCGACUGAGGGAUAAAGGAUCCCUUUACCUCAUCCGAGUCGAUAUUGCCAUUUAGAGUGAACAUUCAAUUUCUGCCACUUCGAUAAUGGGUCGCUUACUCGUACACUAGUUUCAGAAACUCGAUUUGAUGCUUUCACUGUUUAAUAAAGAAAAAAAAAGAAAGAAAAAAGAAAAAAAAAGAAAAAAAAAGAAAAAAAAAUAUCAAUCCACCCAAGCGCCUGGUUUCCCAGUCAAAAAUAAACGGAGCCAUCGCUCUUUGAAAAACACAGUUUAUGAUGUCACUGACCACGUCAGCGCGUAUAACAUGUUUUUUCCCCACCUUGUACGUACUAAUUAGUGGUAUACACACAUUUCAUGCAUAUCAUACAUCACUUUUAAUAAAUAAAGAGAUCAAGCGACCAGUGAAGUCGCCUGCCUGAAAGAAACCAUGAUAUUUUCGCGGUGGAUGACAUCGUCUCAUCUUCACUGAUCAAAAUCGUGAAAUCAUCAAAACACAACUCUGUGAUGAGCACAAUUGACCCAUUGGUCGCACACUAGAAUGUAUUAAACUGCGUUUUAGUUUCAGUGUAUUUCGGCUUUUUGUGUAUUUCACGCCGAUUUUCAACAUGUAUAUUGUAUACUGGACAUAGAUGGCUGAAGAGAGGUCACUAACGAAAAUAAAUCCUGAGACAAUAACUUCAAGAUUUUUUCAAAGAAUAUGUUUGUAUAAAACUCUUAAAUUCUCGAGUCCAAAUUUUUCAUGUAAAAUAUCUACUUUAAAAAAAAAACUAUGUACAUUGAUUUGUGGUCAUCUAUUUUGAAUGCAUUGAUCUGCAUCAUAAAGCAUUAUCAACUGAC